AUGGAGCAGCAGAACCAGCAGCCUCCCACGGGAGGCGUCCCUGGCCCGACUGGCCGUCGCUUGCACAUUGCCCAUCGCCGCAGCCCCUCUGAGCUGACCCCCUUGAUGAGCAUGUUUGCGAACCCUGGAAUGGAGCAGCUUGCUAUCCAGCAGCAGAUUGAGCUGUUGCAGCAACAGCAGCAGCAGAUCCAGGCCACGCACCAACAGUACAUGAAUAUGGGCAUGAUGCCACCGGGUCAGCCAUUCAACCCGCUGCAGCCGAUGGCCAAUAUGUCGCCGCAGUCAGCGUUCCAGUUUCCCAAUCAGCUUCCACAGCAGCAGAACGUCGCAAUGGGCGCUCCUAGCCAGCCCAUGUCACACCGCCGUAAUCAGUCGGCAUUGCCCAAUAUGGGCAUGGGACCUCCUCCCGCUCCUUCUGCCGGAGCGUCCGGUUCUACCUUCGGUCAGUUUGACAAUUCGCAGGCCCAAGGCCGGGAGAACGCGCCUCGAGGAGGGCGAGGUGGCGGUUCGGGAGGCGGUCACCAGCGAAGACACUCUCUGGCGCUCGCAGAUGCCAAAAAGGCCGCGGAACUUGCUCAGCAAAAGCGCACCACUUCUGGAUUUCAGUUCCCGGGGCCCGGCGCUUCCGAGGGAGCCCCUGCGGAGGAAGCGAAACCUACAGUCACUGAUACCCCUAUUGCGCAAGGUUCAUCUACCCGUGGUGGUCGUGGUGGAGGCCACGGACGAAGCCAGAGCAUGGCGGUUGGUGCGAAUGGCCGAGGAGGGCGCGGCGGGGCAGCAAACUUCAACAACAAUAACAAUAACGAGGGUGCUGCUACUCAGCAAGGAAACGAGUUCCGACGGGGCGGCGGCUCUGGCGGUCAUGCUCGAUCGUCGUCGCGGAACUUUGAAGGCAACUGGCGUAACAACCAAGCCCAGAAUCAGGGACAGGACCAGGGAGGUCAAGGACAGCAACCUUUCCAGCCAGGCCACCGAAGCCGCGGCUCCAUCAAUCAGUCUGUCUCUUCAAUUGGUGCAUUCCAGUAUCCCGGCCAACCCCAAUUGGUGCAAAUGCCCGGUCAGAUGCCCAUGAUGCAGAUGUAUCCCAACCAGCAGCUCAACCCCAUGCAGCUGAACCAGCUCCAAGCUCUCCAAGCUGCCCAGAUGAACGGCCAGCAUCUUGUUGGUUUGCAGGGCAGUCAACAUGCGCCUCAGUUGGGUGGCCAGAAUCAGCAACAACAGAGGAAGACGCUUUUCACUCCUUAUCUUCCUCAAGCAACCCUGCCUGCGCUGCUCGGCGAUGGGCAGCUCGUGUCGGGUAUCCUUCGAGUAAACAAGAAGAAUCGUAGCGAUGCUUACGUUUCGACUAGCGAUGGUCUGCUCGACGCAGAUAUCUUCAUCUGCGGAAGCAAAGAUCGUAACAGAGCAUUGGAAGGUGAUCUUGUUGCCGUCGAGCUGUUGGAUGUUGAUGAAGUGUGGGGCCAGAAGCGCGAGAAAGAAGAGAAGAAGAAGCGAAAGGAUAUCACAGAUACGCGGUCGGGAUCUACCAACGGCAAUUCUCAGUCGCACUCUGGUGGCAUCCGCCGUCGCGGCAGUCUGCGUCAACGACCUACCCAGAAGAAAAAUGAUGACGUUGAAGUUGAAGGCCAGAGCCUGCUGCUUGUGGAGGAAGAAGAGAUCAACGACGAGUCCAAGCCUCUUUACGCUGGACACAUUGUUGCAGUCAUUGAGCGCGUUGCUGGGCAGAUGUUCUCCGGCACAUUGGGACUGCUGCGUCCUAGUAGCCAGGCUACUAAGGAGAAGCAGGAGGCUGAGCGGGCUGCCAGGGAUGGCGGUCGGCAGCAAGACAGCCGCCAGCAGGACAAGCCCAAGAUUGUCUGGUUCAAGCCUACGGACAAGCGUGUGCCCCUCAUUGCCAUCCCCACGGAGCAAGCCCCGAGAGAUUUCGUAGAGAAGCAUCAGGAUUACGCGGAUCGCAUCUUCGUUGCGUGCAUUAAGCGCUGGCCCAUCACUUCCUUGCAUCCUUUCGGCACCCUUGUCGAACAGCUAGGCAGGAUGGGUGAUCUGAAGGUCGAGACCGACGCUCUUCUACGCGACAACAACUUUUCGUCAGACGAGUUCUCGGAUGCUGUCCUGCGAAGUGUUGGACUCCAGGAUUGGUCAAUUGCUAAGGAAGACGAGACUGCUAUUAGUGCCCGUCGCGACUUCCGAGGCGAGACGACCUUCACCCUCGACUUGGCGGGCACCGAAGAACUUGGAGAUGCGAUUCACGUGAAGACGGAAUCGGAUGGAAAGAUCGAGAUUGGCAUCCACGUCCCCGACAUUGCCCAUUUCGUCAAGGCCAAUUCUCUUGUUGAUCGCGAAGCUAAGAAACGCGGCACAGCGGUCCACUUGGUCAACCGCGUCUGCGCCUUACUUCCGCCCAAGAUUGCCUCAGAGGUGUGCUCUUUGACGCCCAACGAGGAUAGACUCACUGUCAGUGUGGUAUUUCGCGUGAACCCGCAGACUGGUGUCGUCGCUGAGGGUGACACUUGGGUCGGCAAGAGUAUCAUCAAGAGUUCUGGCAAGCUUUCGCUUAAGCAUAUUGACGAUGCUCUCGCGAAUCAAGCCGCGUUCAAGCACGAGAGUGUCGAAGUCAAGGACGUUCAGAUCCUCAAUGCUGUUGCGCACAAAUUCCGAGAGGCUCGCUUGGGGUCUGAGGAGGAACCCAUCUCUCCUCUCAGGUUACUCCAUCAAUUGGAUGACGAAAAUAUUCCUAUUCAGCACAACAUCUUUGACGCCACAUCCGGCACCGAAAUGGUGGAGGAGCUGCUUCACAGGGCAAACGCGCAUGUUGCACAGCAGCUUGCCCAGGGUCUUCCUGAGAAAGCCAUUUUGCGCCGCCAAGCCGCACCCAACGCCCGCCGACUGCAGACAUUCGUUGAGCGCAUGCGUGCCCUUGGCCACGACAUCGAUACCACCAGCAGCGGAACUGUGCAGAAUAGCCUGUUCAAGGUCGACGACGGCGAAAUCCGCAAGGGCAUGGAGACGCUGCUGUUGAAGACGAUGCAGCAUGCGAAGUAUUUCGUUGCCGGCAAGACGAAUAAGUUGAUCUGGCCUCACUAUGCUCUUAACUUGCCUGUGUACACUCAUUUCACUGGUCCGACACGGCGCUAUGCCGACAUCAUCGUCCACCGUCAGCUGGAGGCAGUGCUUUCCGAGGGCAAGAUUGAGUACAAUGAGGACAUCGAGAAUUUGGUCAAGACUAUCGAAUAUUGUAACACCAAAAAGGAGUCUGCCCAGAAUGCUCAGGAGCAGAGUAUUCACAUCGAGUCCUGCAGGAUCAUGGACAAGAAGCGCCAAGAAGUAAAUGGCGAUCUGAUCAGCGAAGGCAUUGUUAUCUGCGUUUACGAGUCUGCGUUUGACGUUCUGAUUCCCGAAUGGGGCUUUGAGAAGCGAGUGCAUUGCGAUCAGCUGCCGUUGAAGAAGGCUGAAUUCAGAAAGGAAAAGAGGGUGUUAGAGCUGUACUGGGAGAAGGGGGUUCCUAGCUCCGCUUACGUGCCUGAAGAUGAGCGACCCAAGGCAGCUCAAUCCCAGAGGAUGUCGAACGCCAUGGCAGCCGCCAGGCAUGCAGAGGAGGCCGAACGAGCCAAGAAGGAACGCGAAGAGGCAGCACGCAAGCAGACGGAGACAGGCACAAUUUCUACGGAUGAUGUGGAUGCCCUGUUUGACGAUGACGACGAUAACGCGUCGGACAUCACGGAAGCCAUGGCUGGUGCUUCUCUCGCAGAGCGACCCACUCAAAGUGUGCCCGGGUCGCCAACUCGAUCUACAUCGAAUGCUGGCAUCCUUCACCGCACUCGGUCUGACUCGAAGGUACCGAUGGCGGAGGCUGUUGAAACUCGAUUGACCAAUAAGGAGAAGUACCUCAAGCUGUUUGCGCUUAGAGAAGAGGGCGGUGACUACAUCCAAGAUGUCACUGAAAUGACCAGAGUGCCCGUGAUUCUCAAGACGGAUCUGACGAAGAGCCCACCUUGCCUCACGAUCCGCUCGCUGAACCCAUACGCACUAUAA